UUCGAAUUUGGCAACAUUGUCUAUGUUGAUUUAUUUGUAGGGGUUUGGUAUUGCAGACACAUUUUAUUUCAGGGAUGAAGAAAUGGGGGAUAGUUCUCCUUCUGCUUCUGAUGAAUCUGCUAAUGUUUGCGCUGGAUGCUUGAAUGUUAUUGACGAUGAAUUUUUGCAAGCAUUAAGCAAUGAGUGGCAUGUCGAUUGUUUCAGAUGCUCAGUAUGUGAUGUUCUGCUAUCUGACUGGUACUUUGAAAAAGAUGGCUUGCUAUUUUGCAAAGACGAUUAUUGGUCAAAAUAUGGAGAGGCCUGCCAAGACUGUAGUGAGAUCAUUACGGGUCCAGUUAUGGUUGCUGGCGACCAUAAAUUUCAUCCUGAAUGCUUCAAGUGCACAAACUGUGGUGGGUUCAUUGGUGAUGGAGAUUCAUAUGUUUUGGUGGAAAGAUCAAAACUGUUCUGUGGAGGAUGUUACAAGCGACAUAUGCAGCCGAUUGCUGACCAGUACAGCCGUCAACCACAUAGCAUCCAACUUGUUGAACUUCCAGUCAAUGAAAGCGGUUAUGAAAGAAAAAUUAAACUCUCUGUAAAUAGUCCUAAAUGCUCAAUAGCUGGGGGGGUUCGAUUAGGAGUUCAUGUUGUAGAUAUAGAUAUAAGUCCUGAUCUUAUGUCUAUACAUGUUGGGGAUCGUAUCCUGGAAGUUAAUGGUGUGCCUGUAAGAAAUCAAGCAUUAGAAGAAAUUGAAGAAAUGAUUAAAACUGCUAACAAGCCCUUGCAGCUUACCAUUGAGCAUGAUCCUAAUGCCAUACCUAAACAUCAAGUCAUUCCAUAUUCUCACCAGCAAGUGUCAAAAGAAAGACUGUACAAAAAAAGAGAUGGUAGGUCACGGCAACUAAAAAGAGGCAAAGGAAGCAAAGAAAGAUCUUCUUCAUUGCCUAGGUUUCUUGCAUGUGAUUCAUCAUCUUCAAAUAAAAAUUCCUAUGACUUGAGUCGGACAAAAUCUUUUCGUGUGGAGCCAAAAAAUCAUAGGAUAUUCCGUGCCUCAGAUCUAGUCCAAGGAAAACUUUUAGGAAAAGGAUUUUUUGGCCAGGUGUUUCAGGUUACACACAGAGAAACAGGAGAAGUGAUGGUAAUGAAAGAAUUGUAUCGUGUUGAUGAAGAAGCUCAAAAAAAUUUCUUGAAGGAAGUGGCUGUACUUCGUUCUCUCUGUCAUGAAAAUGUCCUUCAUUUUAUAGGUGUUUUGUACAAAGAUAAAAAAUUACACCUAGUCACAGAAUAUAUUAGUGGAGGUACACUGAAGGAAAUUAUUCAUGAUCUUUCCCAAACAUUGCCAUGGGCACAAAGAGUCAGUUUCGCAAGAGAUAUAGCAUCGGGCAUGGCAUAUCUUCAUUCUAUGAAUAUAAUUCAUCGAGAUUUGAAUUCAAACAAUUGCCUUGUUAAAGAGGAUAAAACAGCUGUUGUUGCUGACUUUGGUUUAGCUCGGAUUAUUUCAGAUCAGAAUAUUCAUCAUUCUUCCCGGCGGUAUGGAAAAAGAAACACUCCCAAAAAGUAUGAAAGGAAGAAGAGAUACACUGUUGUAGGGAACCCAUACUGGAUGGCACCUGAGAUGAUGAAAGGCAAGAAAUAUGAUGAAAAAGUUGAUAUAUUCUCCUUUGGCAUUGUUUUAUGUGAGAUAAUUGGAAGAGUUUUGGCAGAUCCUGAUUACUUACCUAGAAGUCCAGAUUUUGGACUUAAUACUGUAGUUUUUAAAGAAAAAUUUUGUGCCACUUGUCCUGAAACUUUUUACAACAUUGCCUUCCUUUGCUGUGAUUUGGACCCUGAAAAGCGACCUCCUUUUGAACAACUACAACCAUGGCUUCAAGGUAUGGUUAUACAUUAUGCAGUUGGUGCUCCUUUGCCAGCUGAUAUGGUUAAUGAAGUUCGUAACUAUUGUAAUAGGAGCCCUUCAUCAACCUCUUCUGAAUCCACCCCUGAAGCUUUGGUCCAUAGUUCUACCUGUCCAAGUCUUCAUGCUGUCAGUAAGCAUGAUGAUGAUUCAUUUGAUUCCUGUGAUGCGAUUACGUAUCGCAUGUAAAGAAUUAUCGCUGUAAGUUUUUCUAACAAAGUCCAUCGAAUUUUGAGCUCAGACAAAGCAAAUGGCCUCUCUUGUUACAUUUACUUUGAAUCUCAAUGUAUAAAUGUGUAUAGAAUUAAGUAGCAUAGUUUUUAAUCAAAAGAAGUAGCUAUUUUGUAUCAAUAGUUUGUAAAAUACAAAUGCAUUGUUUUAUAAGCUGUAUUUGCAAAAGGAACUUAGAGUAUUCAGUUUUUGUUCAUGUUUUUAUGUAUGUUUUAUAACAUUAAUGGGAAAAUGACAUUCCGAGCAUUCUUUUGAAUUCUGAUUAAGCAUGUAAUGUGAUAUAUAUGUUUCUUGUUAUUUUUAAAAGAAAAAAAAUAUGUAGAUAAGCUCAUUAUUUCUAUGUCAGUAUCACUAGUAUUAGUUUAAGUUUUUCAUUAUCAUUAUUUUUUUACCCUUAUAUAAUCUGCACUUAGUGCUUAUAUUUUGCUUUAUGUGAACAUUGAAUUAAAUAUGAACAUCAGUCUGUUUUUCAAUUUUUUACAGCUAUACACUAUUUAGAAAGCUGAAAGUGCUGUGCACCUAUAAACAUGAUUCUUAAAUACAAAAUUGCCUGUAAAAUUACACUCAAAGUAUGUGAGAAUCAGCUUAUAGAAAUUAGUUUAAAUGCUAAUUAUAAUUUUAAUGCAUGUCAUUUCAUUGAUUAUUUUUAAAUGUAUUUAUGUUUAGAAUUGCAGAUUUUUACAUUGAGCAUUUAAAAGCUGCUUUUAUAUGUAGUAUAAAAAUAGCUUAAAUAUUUUGUAGUUGGAAAACCUUGUAUUUUAUUUUUCAUUAAAAUAAUUUGUACAUAAAAUAUAUAGGUAAAGAAAGUACAAAGAUAUAUUUUAGAUAAACUAGAUCAUUUAAAAUUAAAUGUUUUCAUAGAAGGAAAUUUAUUUUAAGCUUAACCUAUUAAUUAUUUAAAAAUUUUUACUUAAUAUUUAAUUUUUUCACAUACUAGAAUCGCAAAGAAAUUUUGCUGCAUUCAGUCAUAACUGCAUAUGAUGCAUUUUAUUAUUAUUAAAAUUUGUCUGAUAAAAUCCAGGAUACAGGUUUUUGCCUUUACUAGAUCUAGUUCUUUAUCCAAGAUGACACAAGUUUCAAGAUAAAUUAAACAGUAGUUAAAUUGUAAUAAGUAAUCAGGACCUAGAGUAUUUUAUUUUCAGAUUUCUUAAUUAUACAUACUAAAAAUAAUUUCUCUUAACUUGAAGUUUUGUUUCUGAAUGCUUAUGUCUUGUUAAGCUCGUGUACAAGACUUUGAUUGUUCUUUAAAAAUUAAAGAAAGGGAAAAUAUAAUUCCUUUAUUUUUCAAUCAGAGCAGUAAAUUGCAAGUUAGUUGACUAUCAAGUUAUUCUAAGUGAAGUUAAUUGUAAUUUUUAAUGUUAAAACAUUGUAAAUAUGGAAGAUGACCUAACAAUGAACUGGUUAAAAAAGAAAGAAAAAAAAAAUUUCUUUCUUUCUAACCAAUUCAUUUUUAGGUCAUCUUCCAUAUAAAAAGGGAAGCAUUCCAAACUGCAUUUUUAAGUUGCAAGUAUACUGGAAUUAUUAUUAUUAUUAUUAUUAUUUUUUCCUGUUAUACUGUACUUGUUUUGUGUGUGAUUACAUUAACUUUUUACAUUAUUCUAUGGCUCUAUAUCCUCAAACUAGUUAGUAUAAAUGCCUGAAAAAAUUCAUCUUAUGAUAUGAGGUAAUAUUUUCAUUAUAUAAUAGUUCUUAUGUUAUGGAUAGUAUAUAAGAUAUCAAGCACAGAAUAAUAAUUUAAAAGGAGAAAUUGCAUAUUUUGCCAUUGACCAUGAAAAUCUGACAUAAUGAAAAUGUCUUUAUUCUUCUUGUUCUGCUUUCAAAAUAAUGUGCUAUUAAAUGAGAUUUGAAUUGUAUGGAAUCUCGGUAAGGAAUCUCAGUAUCUCUUAAUAAUAAGAGUAAUUAUAAGCAUUUAUUAAGCUAUGUUAUUUUUCUUUUCUUCAUAUAUUUUAUUAAAAUUUUUUAUGAAUGUGAAUGAUGAAAAAAUAUUAGUGGCAAGUAUUUUAACAUACUUGAAAAUAUUUAAAUUUGGUUUUCCUUAGUGGAAAAGUGAGUUUGAAGAUAUUCUGUACAAUAAAAGUUUAAUAUGAGUUGGUAGCAGUUUAUUUUUUAUAACAAAUAAUACACUCUUGAUUAAUAUUUUGCCAAAAUGUCUGAUUGUUGCCAAACAACUGAAGCAUUACUGUUGUCAAGAUCAUUACCUCACUUUCUACAGAAAUUUAAUCAAAAAGUCUCAUUUAGUUGAAAUUUUUAAAUAUGUUGUACACAUUCUAUAAUGAAGUAAUAAAAAUGGUUUUGAACUUUCAUUGUUAAAAUAUUGGAUGUUAUGUUUUAAUUUA